UUCACCAAUUUCAACUGUCCCGUUCCAAAAUCAUAAAAAAGAAGGCUGAAAAUUAUUUAUUACAUUUCGGUAUAUUUUCGUAGAUUAGGAAAAACGGUUUUUCAAUGAAAAUGUUUAAAAGUGUUGAACUGUCUAAAAUAUAGUUAUUAUUUAAAAACUAAAUUGAUAGUACUUUAUGUAACUGUAUUACGAAAUAUUUUUUUUUUGUUCAAAUAAAACGCUGUGAGUGAAUUUUUAAAACACGUCCUAUUUAACUAUGAGAAAUAUAUAUCUGCAUUUAUUUCUGUGCAUCAUAUUACUACAAGUAGCGUAUUCUGAUAGAGCAAACGGCAAACUAAAAAAGACUAAUGAUGAAGAUAAUGAAAGCAAUGAAAAAACUAUUAAACUAAGUAGUUUCAAAGCAAAAUCUGAAAAAAAGUUGGAAUUUAAACCAUCGGAUAAACAGAAUGAAGAUAUUUGUAAGAAAGGUCAAUGUGGAAAAACAAGAAAUAAAGAUCUGGAACCGUUUAGGAAAAAUAAAUGGACUGAUGACGAUUCAAAUGAAGAGGUGAAUAAAAAUGGUAAACAAAAUAAAUAUAUAAGUCUUAAAAAACCCUUAAUUAAUAACAAUAAGCUCGAAAAAACUAAAUACAAAGCAAAUGGUGCAGAAGAUAGCGAUGAAGAUAAUUUUCAAAAGAAAAGCAACAAAAUUAGUAGAGCGAAGUUUCAAGAAAAGUUUCAACAACUUAAACUUAAAGGAGAUAAAAAAUCAACUAAAAAAUUUGCAAAUGAUGAUGACGACGAUAGCGACGAAAAUGACUCAAAAGAAAUUGCCAAAGCCUCUAAAAAGGGCAUCAAGACUGGAAUUAUAGCAAAAUUGGAAAAUAAUCCCAAAAAUAAAAAUAUAAAAUUGUUACAAACUAAAAAAUAUUUAAAGAAAAAUGACGACUCAAAUGAAAGUAACGGGGAAAGUGAGAAUAAUGAUACAGAUGAUGAUGAUGAUGAUGAUGACGAUGAUGAUGACAAUGAUGAUGACGAUGAUGAUGACGAUGAUAGUGACGAUGAUGAUGAUAAUGAUGAUGAUACUGAUGAUGAUGAUGAUGAUGAUGAUAAUGAUGACGAUAGUGAUGAAAAUAAAUUAAAAAGAAAAAUUAAAAAUUCGAAGAGUAACAAAAAAAACAAAAUAACUAAAGAUGAUGAUGAUGAUGAUGAUGAUGAUGAUGAUGAUGAUGAUGAUGAUGAUGAUGAUGAUGAUGAUGAUGACGAUAAUGAUAGUGAUGAAAAUAAGUUUAAAAGAAAAAUUAAAAAUUCGAAGAGUAAUAAAAAAAAUAAAAUAAAUAAAGAGAAUAAUGAUGAAGAUGACGAUGAUAGUGAUGAAGAUAACAACGAUGAUAAAAGUGAGGAAGAUGAUGACGAGGACGAAAGUGAUGAAGAAGAUAAAACAUUAGAAAAACGGAUAAAUAAGAAGAACGAUAAUAAAAAUACGAAAUCAAAGAAAGGUGACAUUAAAAGCAGUAUAAAAAAUGGAAAAAAUAGAAAGGAUUUGAGUGACAAUGAUAGUGAAAGUAAUGAAGAUGAAAUAAAUGUGAAACCAGCAAAAACUACUAAAUAUAGUAUUAAAUUUUCCCAUGAAAAACAAAAAAACAACAAUAAAGUAGAUGGUAGUAUUAUGAAACUACACAAAGCUGAUAGACGACGUAAUAAAAAUAACGAUGACGAUUCUAGUGAAGAAGAAGAUCCACAUCCCAAACGUUUCCAUUUCAGAUUAGAUGACGAUGAAUAUUAGUUUGUAAAAAUAUUUAUUUCCAAAAUAUUUUCCUUGAAGUCUGAAAUGCAUACAGCAAAAUACAUGUUUAAUAAUUAUGUACUCAUAACUCAUAAUUUUCCAAAACUUCAUUCCAAUUGCAAAAUAUUUAUUUUUUGAAUAGAAUUAUUAAGUUCGGAAAGUUUAUAUUUGCUCGUUUUAAAUGAAAAAAAAUAUCAAAUUGUUCUGUAAUACGAUCAAUCAGUUAUUUGUAAAUUACAAUAAAUACUAGGAUCAUAUUUAAUAAAUUUCUAACUAUUGAGAAUUUUAAGAAGAGUAUACUAACUAAUAGUAAUUA